UUUCUAAUAUAGUAAGUGUGACCAAAACCCCCUUCUACUGGCCCCAUUUUACCCAUAGUUUACUGACUAGUACACAUACAAUCCAAGAUGGUGGUUCUUUGUUCUACUUUCCCGCCAAAAAGCUUGAAACAAAGGAGCUCCCAGGAUUGCCCUCCAGAAGAGCUGGACAAACCCCUCCAAGGUAUUUCCCCCUCCCCUCAUGAUGCUGCAGGGCCCCUGCCAAUCAGACCUGCUUGGGUGGGGUUAACCAGAAGCAGGGCCGGCCUCCCAGCCAAUCAACCCUAGGGGGUGGGGAAAAGGGCAGGGUCACCAGAUGCAGGGUAUAAAUACCAGGGGGAAGGGGGGAGAGGGGUUGUUGUUCGUCUGGGGUGUAACCUGGCUGCGGCAGGUCACCCUCCUCUGCGGUUCCUUGGAGUUUAUCCUAGCUGAGGCAAGAAGACUCCCUCCAACAGUUUGGAUCUCCCUACCUCCCAGAGGACUGUUUAUACCUGGAUCCCCUCGAGGUAUGGUUAUUCUGUGGAUUCACCCAAAGGCACUUUGCUCCUUACCCCUUUGAAAUUGCCCAAAGGAACUCCCUGACUUUGGAUUUGGAUUGGCCUGGAGGGCGUGUGCAUCUUGGAGUGGAUUGCUCCAAGGGAGGCUCUUUAUUUCGGACCAGGAGUGUUUUGGGACUUGGGGGAGUUCACAUGCUAAUGCCGUGUUCCUGAUCUACUGUUUGUUGUAUAUCGGAAAUAAACCCCUGUGUAAACCCCUCUUAAAGGUGUGGUAUUUCCCGGUGUGUGCUAGUUGGUCAUACGUCACACGUUACGUGACAUUUCUGGUGGCAAGCGGUGCGGAUAAUGGAAACUAGCACAUCAGGGAACUUUGCAAACCUUACAGCUCAGGAGAUUACUGAGCUCAGGCUACCAACGCUGCAAAGGCUCUGCCACACAUGGGGUAUUGACACAGUGGGAAAGCGGAGACAGGAACUCAUAGAACUUCUCACACCCCAUGCUCUACCUACCCAGGAAGGUGAUGCCCAGGGUGACCCAGAAACCCCUGAGGAGGGAGAAGAAAACUAUAAUUUGCACCAAGAUGCAGCUGGGGAACCUGAAGACAACACCGUUACCUUGUUUCAAAAACACCUUGCUGCUAUUGGUCCAGGGCUGACCCCAGCAGAACGGCUAGAGGUAUUGCGCCUAACUAUACAGGGAAAUCAGCCUAGGAACUUGAGUUCUGGGCCCACAGCAGGCCCAACCAUUGCACGACAGCCAGUUGUGAAACUGACUCAUGCUGCCUUCCCUGCCUUUGAUGAGUCUAAGCAGAGCAUAGACAGCUUCCUGCGCUCUUUUGAGGCCUUGUGUGAGGACCACCGGGUCCCUCAGGAUGAGUGGGUUCUCGUGCUGGCUGGUAAGCUCACUGGUAAAGCUAAUGAAGUUUACCAGGAAAUACCAUAUCCCCAACGGGCAGAUUAUGGGGAAGUACAGCGCAUUCUUCUAGCCAGCUACUCCAUUACGCCUGACUCCUACCGGAGGACUUUCCGCAACCUGCUUAAAACUACUCAGGACACCUAUCAGGACUUUGGCAGUAAGCUGCAAAGGGCAUUCCGCUAUUGGAUACGUGGUAACCAGACCUUCACACUGGAAGACUUGUGCCAGCUCAUUCUUAAAGAACAGUUCCUUGAGAGGUGUCCCUGUGAGGUGAGGGAGUGGGUAAGUGACCGUAAGCCACGUACCCUACAGGAGGCUACCCAGCUAGCUGAUGAGUAUGUGGAAAACCGUAUUCAGGCCCGCCCCCUUAACCUUGCUACAGGGGCACUGGUUAACUCCCGUGGCCUAGACCGUCCACAGCCUCCACGGUCCAACCCUAUAUCUAAUCGUACCCCCUCAGCACCUAUUCGUGCAGCCCCAUCCCGGACCUGUUUUCGUUGUGGAUCUCUGACCCAUUUAUUUUCAGCAUGCCCUUUGAAUCUCCGCCCUACCCCAUCAGGGCCCACAGGAAAGCUCCCUGCUCCCCGACCGAUUGCUGCUAUCUCUUCACCAGAACCCAAUAUCCGCCAGCAGGUUAUCCAGACCGUGCGACAGCAUACCACUGACACAGCGGUUGCCACAUCCAGCCCAAGAGAGGUAGUAUCAGAGGAAUACAUUGUCAUGGGGAUGGGCUGGGGAAACAAUGGCCAGCCAAGAAAGCAUGUACUUCCUGUCCUGGUCAAUGGGAGACAGGUAGAAGGAUUCCUGGAUUCAGGAUCUUGUAUUUCCCUAGUGGAGCCCCAUAUUGUCCCUGCAGAUGCAGUGGUUCCUGGUAAAGCUGCCCGCAUUGUUCUGGCUGGUGGGCACAAACAAGACAUACCAAUAGCACAAGUCACCUUGGAUCUAGGAGAUGGACCAUUCACCCACCAAGUGGGGAUAUUGCGACAACUGCCUGCUGAGAUCCUCCUUGGCAAUGAUGUGGGCCAUAUUCAAUGCAGCCUCUCCCGAGAUAUGAAUGGAACCAGGCUUGAAGCUACAGAUGCAGCACAAAAGGUAAGAGAACCUGCGGCUGACUGUGACAGACCCCCUUCCCUUGACUUACUCCACCCCACUACCUUUAGGGAAGAUCAACACACUGACCCAACUUUAGAGCGUAUGCGAAGUGAGGCAGGAAAACCCCCUAAUGAGCGGGGGGAACAGAUUGUGUGGGAGCAUGGGUUACUCUAUAGGAUUGUGAAGGGGGACCCUGACCAGCCAUGGAAGUGUUACCGCCAACUUAUAGUGCCUCAGAGUUACCGCGCCCAGCUUCUUCAUAUGGCACAUGAGAUUCCCCUAGCAGGACACCAGGGCGUUACCCGCACCCGACACCGUUUAACCCAAAAUUUCUACUGGCCUGGUGUCUCUCAGGAAGUGACACGGUACUGCCGCACAUGUGACAGCUGUCAGAGGACUGGCAGGGCAAAUGACAAACCCAGGUUUCCCCUUUGUCCCUUGCCCAUCAUUAGUGAGCCCUUCCAACGGGUGGCAGUUGAUCUUAUUGGGCCCCUCAGCCGGCCAAGCCGUUCUGGGAAACAGUAUAUUCUCACUGUAGUUGAUUAUGCCACCCGAUACCCAGAAGCGGUAGCCCUGCGUAAAAUUGAUGCUCCUACAGUGGCUGACGCCCUAAUCCAGAUUUUCAGCCGGGUGGGCUUCCCUAGUGAAAUCUUGUCAGACCAAGGGCCCCAGUUUACAUCCCAAUUGCUUCAAUGCCUGUGGCAGCGUUGUGGGGUCAGGCCUAUCCACUCAUCCCCAUACCACCCACAGACAAAUGGUCUUUGUGAGAGAUUUAAUGGGACACUAAAGUCCAUGCUACGGACCUUUGUGGAAUCGGGUGAGAAGGACUGGGAGCGUUAUUUACCCCAUUUGCUGUUUGCCUAUCGAGAAGUUCCCCAAGAAUCCACAGGAUUCUCUCCCUUUGAACUGCUGUAUGGUCGGAGGGUCCGUGGCCCCUUAGAUUUACUCUGUGAAUAUUGGGAGGGGGCCCCACAAUCCCAAGAGGUCCCCGUCAUCCCCUAUGUGUUAAAAUUCCGCCAGCGUCUGGAACAAAUGAUCAGCCUGGCACAUAACCACCUCUCUGCAGCUCAGCAAAGGCAGAAGGUGUGGUAUGACCGUAAGGCCAGGGAGCGCAGGUUUGUGGAAGGAGACAAGGUGCUCCUCCUAGUUCCCACACGGCAUGAUAAGCUCCAGGCUGCGUGGGAAGGACCCUAUGUGGUGACCCAUAAGCUUCAUGAUACAACAUAUGUGGUAACCCCUCCCGAUGAUCCAUCCCACUAUAAGACUAUCCACAUAAAUAUGAUGAAGCCCUAUCACGUAAGAGAGGAUAUUGUUAGUGCCAUCUGUAGUCUCCCAACUGAAGAUACAGAUGACCCCCCACUCCCCAACCUUAUUGGAGAGGUCACUCCAGCCAAGGGUAUAGACUCAGUCACCAUAAGUCACCACCUUACCCCAUCUCAACAAGACCAGCUUUGUCAAAUUUUGCAUUCCUUUUCUCCCAUGUUUUCUGCCAACCCAGGUUGCACCCACUGGGCUGAACAUAAAGUAGACACAGGAACUCAGUUACCUGUGCGUAGUCCUGCUUAUCGAGUGGCUGAAGCUGUUCGGCCCGAGGUGAAAAGUCAAAUAGACGAGAUGCUGGCCCUUGGGAUUAUUACUCCUUCCCAUAGUCCGUGGGCUUCCCCUGUGGUGCUGGUGCCCAAGAAGGAUGGGAGUACCCGAUUCUGUGUGGACUAUAGGAGACUCAAUGACGUGACAACCACCGACGCUUACCCAAUGCCCAGGGUAGAUGAGCUAUUAGAUAGGCUGGGAAAUGCUAAAUAUUUAACUACCCUGGAUCUCAGCCGUGGUUACUGGCAAAUUCCCCUUGCCCCUAGUGCCCAGGAAAAGUCAGCCUUCAUCACCCCAUUUGGUCUGUUUCAGUUCACAGUAAUGCCAUUUGGCAUGAAAAACGCCCCCGCCACGUUUCAGCGUCUUGUGAACAGGCUGCUGGACGGAAUGCAGGACUUUGCCCAGGCAUAUCUGGAUGACAUAGCUGUCUUUAGCCAGACCUGGGAGGAGCACAUGCAGCACCUCCAGCGAGUGCUGACACAAAUUCAGAAUGCUGGGCUCACCCUUAAGGCAGAAAAGUGCCACCUAGCUAUGGCCGAGGUACAGUACUUAGGACACAGAGUUGGGAGUGGUCAGCUCCGCCCUGACCCUGCUAAAGUGGAGGCAAUUUGCCAGUGGCCUAUACCUAAAACCCAGAAGCAGGUAUUAGCCUUCUUAGGAACUGCAGGUUAUUAUCGUAAAUUUAUUGCUAACUAUAGUACUAUUGCAAAACCCUUGACAGAUCUGACAAGCCGCAAGUGUUCUCGAACCAUUGUGUGGACCCCAGAAUGUGAAUCAGCCAUGAACACUCUCAAACAAGCCCUGGCUAACUCCCCUGUGCUGGCUGCCCCAGACUUCUCACGACGCUUCCUUCUGCAAACGGAUGCUUCCAAUUUUGGCCUUGGUGCUGUACUUUCCCAAGUUAAUGGCCAUGGGGAGGAGCAUCCAAUUGCCUACCUGAGCAGAAAGCUGCUCCCUCGAGAGGCUGCCUAUGCCACUAUUGAAAAAGAGUGCCUGGCAAUUGUAUGGGCCUUACAGAAGUUGCAGCCCUAUCUGUAUGGCAGGGAAUUUACUGUUGUUACAGACCACAACCCACUCAGUUGGUUACAGAGAGUUUCAGGAGUCAAUGGAAAACUGCUGAGAUGGAGCCUCCUGCUUCAACAGUAUAACUUCACCAUUCAGCACAGGAGGGGAAAAGAGCAUCACAAUGCAGAUGGCCUCUCCCGACAGGAGGACUAAGAAACCAGCAGUGGUUCCUGAGGCUCUCCCUAAGAGUGGGGAGCCCCAGAGAAACCACUUGUUCCCAGGAGGGAGAAAUGUGACCAAAACCCCCUUCUACUGGCCCCAUUUUACCCAUAGUUUACUGACUAGUACACAUACAAUCCAAGAUGGUGGUUCUUUGUUCUACUUUCCCGCCAAAAAGCUUGAAACAAAGGAGCUCCCAGGAUUGCCCUCCAGAAGAGCUGGACAAACCCCUCCAAGGUAUUUCCCCCUCCCCUCAUGAUGCUGCAGGGCCCCUGCCAAUCAGACCUGCUUGGGUGGGGUUAACCAGAAGCAGGGCCGGCCUCCCAGCCAAUCAACCCUAGGGGGUGGGGAAAAGGGCAGGGUCACCAGAUGCAGGGUAUAAAUACCAGGGGGAAGGGGGGAGAGGGGUUGUUGUUCGUCUGGGGUGUAACCUGGCUGCGGCAGGUCACCCUCCUCUGCGGUUCCUUGGAGUUUAUCCUAGCUGAGGCAAGAAGACUCCCUCCAACAGUUUGGAUCUCCCUACCUCCCAGAGGACUGUUUAUACCUGGAUCCCCUCGAGGUAUGGUUAUUCUGUGGAUUCACCCAAAGGCACUUUGCUCCUUACCCCUUUGAAAUUGCCCAAAGGAACUCCCUGACUUUGGAUUUGGAUUGGCCUGGAGGGCGUGUGCAUCUUGGAGUGGAUUGCUCCAAGGGAGGCUCUUUAUUUCGGACCAGGAGUGUUUUGGGACUUGGGGGAGUUCACAUGCUAAUGCCGUGUUCCUGAUCUACUGUUUGUUGUAUAUCGGAAAUAAACCCCUGUGUAAACCCCU